AUGUCGUUCAGUAAGCAGAAUACUGUGGUGGCCGCCAUCGCCUUGGCCCUGCUCCUCCUCACUUCAUCACAUCUUGCAGCUGGAGCCGAUGAUGAAACAAUAGUACCGUUAAAGACAUGUGAAUUCAUGAUCAAGGUUCCCUGCUGGGGCAGAAACUCGAUUUGCAUUCCCAUUUGCAUUGCAAAAGGCUACACCGGCGGUUUCUGCGAUGUUGCCACCUGCAUGUGCACCAAGCAGUGCCCUGACGAGGCAGAGGCAGAGGCAGGUGGGCAAUCAUCACAUCCGCCCGUCGACGUGCAUCCUCCGCUGGGGAAGCGUGGUGGGAUGCUCAACUGA